CAGGCCUGCAGGGGCCACGCGCGUGCGUGUUUCCGGCUCCGCUGCGGAAGGCGGACUACUAGAGUCGUUGGGCCCGGCGCGACCCGAAAGAGCCUAGAGAGCGCGGGACUAGAGUGCAGAGCUCGGGACGUGGAUCGGAGCCGGCGCGAUGGGCGGAGAGCAGGAGGAGGAGCGGUUCGACGGCAUGUUGCUGGCCAUGGCUCAGCAGCACGAGGGCGGCGUGCAGGAGCUUGUGAACACCUUCUUCAGCUUCCUUCGACGCAAAACAGACUUUUUCAUUGGAGGAGAAGAGGGGAUGGCAGAGAAGCUUAUCACCCAGACUUUUAGCCACCACAAUCAGCUGGCACAGAAGACCCGGCGGGAGAAGAGAGCCCGGCAGGAGGCCGAGCGGCGGGAGAAGGCAGAGCGGGCGGCCAGGCUGGCCAAGGAAGCCAAGUCAGAGACCUCAGGGCCCCAGAUCAAGGAGCUAACUGAUGAAGAGGCAGAGAGGCUGCAGCUAGAGAUUGACCAGAAAAAGGAUGCAGAGAAUCAUGAGGCCCAGCUCAAGAACGGCAGCCUUGACUCCCCAGGGAAGCAGCAGGAGACUGAGGAAGAUGAGGAGGAGGAAGAUGAGAAGGACAAAGGAAAACUGAAGCCCAACCUAGGCAACGGGGCAGACCUGCCCAAUUACCGCUGGAGCCAGACCCUGUCGGAGCUGGACCUAGCGGUCCCUUUCCGUGUGAACUUCCGGCUGAAAGGGAAGGAUGUGGUGGUGGACAUCCAGCGGCGGCACCUCCGGGUGGGGCUCAAGGGGCAGCCAGCGAUCAUCGAUGGGGAGCUUUACAACGAAGUGAAGGUGGAGGAGAGCUCGUGGCUCAUUGAGGAUGGCAAGGUGGUGACUGUGCAUCUGGAGAAGAUCAAUAAGAUGGAGUGGUGGAGCCGCUUGGUGUCCAGUGACCCUGAGAUCAACACCAAGAAGAUUAACCCUGAGAAUUCCAAGCUGUCAGACCUGGACAGUGAGACUCGCAGCAUGGUGGAAAAGAUGAUGUAUGACCAGAGACAGAAGUCCAUGGGGCUGCCAACCUCAGACGAACAGAAGAAACAGGAGAUUCUGAAGAAGUUCAUGGAUCAGCAUCCGGAGAUGGAUUUUUCCAAGGCUAAAUUCAACUAGCCCCUGUUUUUUCCUCCCUGAACUCUUGGGGCUGAGCUGCAACUACCCAACUUACUUUCCCACUCUUCUCUGGGACUUGUGGGCCUCGGGGCUUGGGGCAGGCAUGGGAAUGUUCCAGGCACACAGGUCCCAGGGCAUCAGGAGAAAGGCUGGGGCUUGGGGCCUUGUCCUCCCCAGUUGGCCUACUGUUACACAUUAAAACAAUUUGCCCAGCUC